CCGGGGUAUGAUCAGCUCCUGAUGGCCCAUGUCUAUCAAAGGCAGGCAGUUUUCCCGUUACUGACUCAGUGUGACCCGGGAGAUGGAUCGGCAGAGCCCAGGAGAGAAGCAGCCGGAGACUAACAGGACCGGAGCCUGCAUCACCCCCACCACAUCAGCUGUGGUCUCCAUGGCAACAGUCAGCUCCGGCAGCACCACCUGCACCCAGGCGCCCUCUACGUCACUCAGCAUCAUCCCCCCCGACAGGCAGGCAGUCCAGGUGAUCCAGCACGCUAUCCACAGACCUCAGAGCAUGGCAGCACAGUACCUUCAUCAGAUGUAUGCAGCCCAGCAGCAGCACCUCAUGCUGCAGACAGCAGCCCUGCAGCAGCACCAGCACACACCCCAUCUGCAGAGUCUGGCCACCAUACAGCAGGCUUCAGUCUGUCAGAGGCAGUCGCCUUCUUCAUCCAGUGGCAGUUUGGUUCAUCCACCUUCUGGUGUUUCCCAAAACUCUAUCACUUUACCAGCAUCUCCGGUAACAGCCCAGCUGAUUGGCCGGACCCAGGCGUCCAACUCCACUGCUGCAGCAACCACCAUAUCCCAGCAGGCCAUGCUCCUGGGGAACAGACCAGCCAACUGUAAUCAAGCUCAGAUGUACCUUCGUACUCAGAUGCUCAUUCUAACUCCCGCAGCCACUGUGGCUGCAGUUCAAUCAGACCUCCCUGCUGUCACCUCCUGCUCCUCUUUACCUACUUCCUCUCAGGUGCAGAAUCUGGCUCUGCGUGCACAUUUGCCUGGAGCUCUGGCCACGGCCCACAGUGUCAUUUUAAAGCCAUCCACCCAGUCACAAGCUCAAGCUCUGGCUCCGGCUACGUCUUUGUCCAAGACGUCAAUCUGUGCGCUGAAGGCCAACCACCUGACUGACUCCUCAACAGAUUCAGGGCCGGCUGAUAUCACCCGACUGGCCUCUGGAACCCAGAUUAUAGCCCCAGCCUACUCUCCGGUGCAGACCCACGCUCUCGUCAAGCAGCAGUUGUCCUGUCCGCCAGGUCAGCGAGUGGCUCAUCACCAGCUCAUCCUCCAGCAGGCCACAGCAGCCGCUCCCAACCACAGACAGCUCCAGCCCAUCGCCCUUAGAGUGGCGCCCCAAGAGACCAACUCCACCGCUCUUCCUCUUCCUGUGAAAAGACUGACCAGCACCCAGUCACACGUACCCAGCAGUGACCCCCACACCUCAUCCUCCUCUUCCUCUCCCUCCGUCACCAGUGUGCUUGCAUCAUCAGCCCACAUCUCACUCCCAGCUGCCACCGUUCAGCCUCAGCCUCCUCCUCUGGUGGCCGCUCCCCAGCGUCGGACCUCAUUCCCACAAGUGCAGAACCAGCCUCCGCCUCCCCCGCCACCUCUGGUUUUACCCAGGCUACCCCAGAACCCCCCAGCCUCCCUCCAGAGGCUGUCCCUGCAUUCAGUCCAGGCUUUGGCCGUCCGGUCGGGCCAGAUGCUGCUGACGGAGCGGGAGCUGCCUGUAGCAGAGGCCCUGUUGCAGAUGCCUUACCAGAACCUCCCCCCUCCUCAGACGGUGGCCGUUGAUCUGAAAGUGCAUCCUGUGAGGCGUAACGAAACAUCAUCCUCGGGGCACACAUGCAGAGUGAACGGACUGAGCUCAGAGGAGAGAAAAGAGGAACAUUCUCCAAGUCCACACAGAGACAAGACCCCUACACCUCUCAUUGCGUCUCCUAAGCAGAAUGGUGCAGUGAUGGGUUCAUCCUUCGUCUUGUCCAGUCACUCAGCGGUCAGGUCACCGCAGGUGGAAGCACCCUCCCAGCUCACCACCGGCAGUGGCAACAACAGCAGCAACCCUCCACCUCCUCCUCUACCUCCUGCCACCCUGCCUGCUGCAGCAAGAGGCCCCAGCCAGCCCCCCUCCGCCUCAGCCAGCCUUCCAGGGAGCCCUGACAGGAUACUUGCAACCCAGAUCCUUACACACCUCGUUGAGGGAUUCAUCAUCCAAGAGGGCCUGGAGCCAUUCCCGGUUGUCCCUUCUUCACUGUUAGCAGACCAGCAGGCCUCACUGCCUGAGUCCCAGGAGAUACCAACCAACGGGGAUGCAGCAGCAGAGGACAGUCCUCUGGAUGCUGACCAGUCAGAUUCCAGCGACUCUGAGAUGGAGAACAAUGUUCCUGCAGCAGAGGCGUUGGAGGAGAGCGCGUCAGGUGUGCUGCAGUGCGAGUUCUGUGGGAACAGAGGUUACGCUCACACAUUUCUACGAUCCAAGCGCUUCUGCUCCAUGACGUGUGUCAGAAGGUUCAGUGUGAGCUGCACUAAGCGUAUCACCAUGCUGAGAGCAGGUCGCUGGGGUCACAGGCCCACAGGCAGGAGAGGACGACCUCCCAGCAGAGUCAACGGAGCAUCCAGAGAGCAUUUUCUGAGACAGACUCGUGUAUCGUUUGGUGCGGAGGAGAUUCAACAAAGCUCAGUUAGGGAGGAAGAGGACGUAGAGGAGGACGACGAGGAGGACGAGGAGGACGAGGAAGAUGAACCUCCCGUUCCCAUGACAACUAGGCUCAGGAAGCAGGCCGAGAGAGAGCGAGAGAGGGAGAGAGAGCAUGAGCAGAGGAUGACCGAAACAAUCAGCGUUUCUGACGGAGAGGAAGUUGUCAGCUGUCCGUCUCUGUGGAACGUGGAACAAGUGUUUUCGUACAUCAACUCCCUGCCAGACGGUCAGGACGUAGCCGAGGAGUUUCGCUCACAGGAGAUAGACGGACAGGCUCUGCUGCUUCUCACAGAGGACCACCUGGUCAGCACCAUGAACCUUAAACUGGGACCUGCACUGAAAAUCUGUGCCCACAUCAACUCUCUGAAGGACGCGUGAAACAACUGAAAUUCAGACUUUCUGUGGAUUUGGACCAGGCUGAAGAAAAACAAGAACAAACACUUUUAACUCUCAACUCGUGCAAAGACAACGAGGAAACAUUGCUCAUUUUUUCAUCUAAAUAAUGUGAAGUCUGUGUAUCGUUAGGGUUUGACGUUGGACCAACACAAAAUAAACUGGUUGGAAAUACAGACUGGAGCACGUUGGACUGAAGUCAUGAAUGCACAGACUGCAGUUGCUGCCGUGACCACUACCAAGCAUUUCACUCCCGACACCUCCAGCUGUUCCAGACGUUGCUUUAUCACACUGAGGAGGGUUUCAGGGUGAAGUUCGCACACUCUCACAGCAGAUUUCAACACAAAGAUGAGCAGUUCCUCCACUCAUCCCAUUAUAGUGAUUGUAGCAGUUUCGCUCAGAUUAUCCAUUUGUUUCAAAAUGGUUUUUAAAACAAUUCUUUGUAUCAUUUGUAAACAAAGAGAACAACUUAACAUUUACAUUAUUGUACAUGAAGAAUGCUGAUACAGUCUCAAAGUUUACAAAACAGACGAUUUCCUAUUAUCUACGGGGUGCAGUUUGA